CUGCUUCUUUUCAAAAGCCACAUAUAAAAGAAGUCUUAUUUGAUAAGGGUCCUAAGAAACAAAGUGAUACAUGCUAGGCAUGUGCAGACAUUAACAGUAACCAGGAGCCUCCCAGGGCUGCAAGCUACCUUGACUAAUGGUUGAAUAUCAGGGGGAUAUUGAAAACAGUUGAACCUACUGAUUCUUCAUCAAUAUCUAGUCAUCAAGUUCACUUGCACUUGGGGAAUAGCAAAGAGAACCAAAACGUCAGUUCCCAGGAAUCUUCUGAAGAAAAUCUCUGCUUAGAAAUAUCCAGCAAUAUUGAAAUCUCAUGUUGAGCAAUCAUUUAUGUUAUUUUCAUGAUAGAUUGUAAAAUAAUGUGUCCUAUAAUGACUAACAAGUCAGUUAUGCUUCUAAGCCUCUUGGUUCUUCACGGCGUGUAUACAAAUGGAAAAACAACAUGUAAAUGGCAAUUGGUGAAAGAAUGGCAUACACAGCCCUCAUCAUUUGUGGUGAAUUGGACACUAUCAGAAAACAUCUGCAUGGAUGUCUAUGGAGAUUGCUGGUUUGAGAACAUAAAUACUAAAAUGAGCACUUCAGGCAAUCAAUCUCUUCCCCAGAUUUGUCCUUUGCAAAUUCAAUUUGGAGACAUUCUUGUAAUUUCAUCUGAACCAUCUCUUCAAUCUCCAGAAGUAAAUUUGAUGAAUGUUUCUGAAGCAUCAUUCAUUGACUGUCUGCAGAAUACCACAACUGAAGAACAGUUACUUUUUGGUUGCAAGCUAAAGGGAAUGCACACUGUUAAUUCUAAGUGGCUGAGUGUUGGAACGCAUUAUUUUAUCACAGUAAUGGCAAGUGGUCCAUCGCUUUGUCAACUGGGACUUCGACUAAAUGUGACAGUGAAAGAUCAGUUCUGCCAGGAAUAUCUGAGUUCUGAAUAUUGCUCUGGGCAUGGUAAAUGUCUUACUGAAAUUUGGAGCAAAACAUACAACUGCCAUUGUGAGCCUCCAUUUUCUGGAAAAUACUGCCAGGAGUUUGAUGCAUGUUCUUAUAAACCAUGUAAAAAUAAUGGCAGUUGCAUUAAUAAAAGUGAAAAAAGAAAUAAGCAAGGAUAUGAAUGUAUCUGUCACCCACCAUUUACAGGCAUAAAUUGUUCAGAAAUAAUUGCCCAAUAUCAACCACAUGUCUGUUUCCAUGAGAAUUGGAGCAAUGUUACUGCAAGUAGUUUCAUUUGUGAGUGUGAUGCACCAUAUUCAGGUCCAUUCUGGGAAGAGUCAGUAGAAUCUUGUUUUUCUUCAUCAGGUUGGAAAAGAGAAAUUUGCCAAAAUAAAAGCUCUGCUUAUAUUUGUGUGUGCCCAGAGGGACUUCUCAAUCAAAACUGUGAAAUUGGUGUCAGUGAGUGUUUAUGGAUACCAUGUCAGAUCCGUGCCGACCACAUUGACAUUUCAAAUGAUACCAUAUGCACCUGUUCACCAAAAUUUACAGAGAAGCUUUGUAAGAGAUUUCAAACAUCAUGUGACCAAUUUCUUUGCAAGAAUAAUGCCACAUAUAUGAACUUUGAGAAAGAUUAUCAUUGCAGUUGUAUGCCAAGAUUUACUGGAAAGAACUGUGAGAAAGUAAUUGACCACUGUAGACUGCUCAGCAUCAACUGUCUGAAUGAAGGAUGGUGUUUCAAUAUAAUUGGAAGAUUCAGAUAUAUUUGUAUAGAUGUAUGCACAAGAAAUUCAUGUUGGUUUCUGAAGAAUAUUUGCUUAAUUUAUCUGUACCCCUGCUACUGUGGAUCUAUCAGCCAUGAUAUUUGCCAAGCAGAAGUUCCUUAUUCUUCUCAAUUUAAAUAUAUAUGGCAAUUGGGAUUUAUAGUAUUUGAAGGUGAAAAAUAUGAAGUGACUACUGAUGCUUACUUCUUUCAUGCUGAAAAUUGCACUGAUGAUGCAGUCUACAUGAACAAAUCUGAAGACCUUGAUUACCUACAUUUGUUCCAAUGUGAAGAGACAAUGGAGAUGUGUGCAAAUGGAUGCAGCUGUUUGACUGAGGAAGAUAGUAAGGACUAUUUUUGUCUGUGUAUUCCCAGAAGGCCUAGAAAAAUGAAUCAGGAAAAUACAACUGACUAUCAAGAAAGUGGGUGUCUACCUAAAGCUGUUCAUGAUGAAUAUAAUAUACCCAGAUGCAGCUGUUCUCUCAGUCACAUUGGCAGAUUCUGUGUUCUCAACACUGGAGAUUGCUUCGGAAACCAGAGCACAUCAUCGCACGGCCUCUGCGGGGUCCAUUUGCACAGAUGUAACUGUAGCUGUCUGCAAAUAUAUAAAAGAAAAAUCUGUGAAAUAGAAACUGAAGAUUGUAAACCUAUGUCCUGCAAAACUGAAGUGACCAGUAUCAUUUUAAGUGGCUAUUUCUUUGGCACCUGUGUCCCUGGAUUUAGAGGUACAAAAUGUGACAUAGAUACAGAUAAGUGUGCUUCACAUCCCUGCAAGAAUGGAGCUACCUGCAUUGGCCACUCUGGCAAUUACUGUUGCCAAUGUGAGGCUCCAUUUAAAGUGGUUGCUGGCUUCCCCUGCUUGUGCCAUCUGGGCUCUGUGCACCUGAGAUGGGAACGGGACCCUGAUGGCUGCAUCCCGAAUGCCUGUGAGCACGAUUCUCCCUGCAAAGAUCCGCUUCCUAGCUACCAGUGCAUGUGCCCAUCUGGAGGAGAAGGAUAUUUUUGUGAACAAGAAUCCAAUGGCUGCAAAAUGAAUCCUUGUGAGAACAAUUCCACCUGUACUGACCUUCACAAUAGCUACCGCUGUGAAUGUACAUCUGGGUGGACUGGACAAAACUGUAGUGAAGAAAUAAAUGAAUGUGACUCUGACCCAUGCAUGAAUGGAGCUCUUUGUCAUGAAUCUACCAUCCCCGGGCAGUUUGUAUGCCUGUGCCCACCCUUUUAUACUGGAAAAUUUUGCCAUCAACACUAUAACCCCAGUGAUCCACUCACUGACCCUUACAGAAACAAUGAAACAUGCUUGACUUUGGUGGAUGGAAAUCAUUAUUGUAUUUGUAGAGAAGGAGUUAAAAGGAAACACUGCAAAAUUAACAUGAACGAGCGCUUCUCCCUCUCCUAUCAGAACUAUGGUGACUGUGAAGGUGGGGCCAACAAUUGCAGAAAUGGGUUUUUUGGACUUCUGUGUGAAAUUGAAACUGAGUGUUCUACUAAUCAAUGCAAAAAUAAAGGAACCUAUGUGGACCUGACACACAGAUUUUUUUGUGAUUGUGAACCUGGGUACCAUGAAUUUCUCUGUGAAUUGGAUAUGGAUGAAUGUGAAAUCUCACCUUGUCUAGAUGGAGAAAAUUGUGUCAACAGAACUGGAGUGUACAACUGCCUCUGUGCUCCUGGUUGUACAGGCAUCAACUGUGAAGUGGAUAUAGAAGAAUGUGUAUCAAAGCCCUGUCUUCAUGAUGGAGCUUGUAUUGAUCUUGUCAAUCAUUAUAUCCGUGACUGCAAGGGUGGCUUUUUUGGAACACACUGUGAAACAAAUGCAAACGAUUGCCUCUCUAAUCCUUGUCUGUAUGGAAGAUACACAGAUCUCAUUAAUGACCAUCAGUGUUCAUGUGAUACAGAAUGGACUAUCUCAAGAUGCGAAAUCAAGAUUAAUGGCUGCGCAUCAAUCCCUUGUAUGAAAGAAGGCUCCUGUCAGAAGUCAGACCAUGGUUUCACUUGCAUUUGCCCAAGUGGAUGUACUGGUGCACAUUGUGAGAUAAAUACUGAUAGUCGUGCGGAGCCUGAACUGAAUUUGGACCUCUGUCCUAAAGGAGGGAUUAGUGUUCAUGAAUCUGGACACACUUUGUACUUCAGGUAUGAGGGAUUUUCUGGUCAAUUUUGUGAAAUUAAUAUAAAUAAAUGUUUUUUAUCAUCACAUCUAAAUGGUACAAACUGUGAAGAUCACAACAAUGGAUAUAUUUGCAAAUGUGAACAAGGAUGCUCAGGACAUCACUGUGAAAAGGGACUUGAUGAUUGCGUUCCCAGCACACAUGUUCAGGAAAUAUGCAUAGAAAAUAAAUCUGGCUUUGACUUGACAUGUUUAUGCAUACCUGGAUUUGUGGCCUGCUCCACUGGGUUUCUUUGUGGUGAUGAAAUAAGGCAAGUUAGCUGUUUACCUUCCUCCUCUCAAAGAACAGAUGCCAUUUCUACACAAACAUAUAUGAUGCCCCCUUCUGUGACUUUAAUCAGUAGCUUUCCAUCUCCAUGGACUACAAAACUAUGGACCAUAACGAAGACCCAUUCAUUUGAUCAGUGCUCAAAAGAGACAGGCAUUUUCAAGCAUGGUAUUUUCUCAACUGCUGAUUUAUCAGUAUUAAGUAUCAGUAUAUCCUUUGAAAACUAUUUAUUGGAAGAACUGAUUUCUACUAGACAGCUUUCAGCAAAAUAUGAUCUUCCUUCUUCCACAGAUGUUUCCUCUUCUCAAUUUCUGAAUUUUGAUGUUUGUGAUCCAACACAAAUUAUCCCAGGAGCAACAGCAGUACCACGUGUGCCUACGCAAACUUCAGCUGUCACACCAGGAUUCUUUUUCCUCGACAGGGGAGAGAGGACCUCAUUUAUCAUCUGUUCCUUACUGACAGAUUUUAUUUUUCCUACACAAUCUUUAUUAUUUGACAACGAUCAGACUGUUGCCUUAUCUGCUACCACAAUGAGUUCAGUAAUUAGUGGCAUUCCAGGGGCUGAUAUUCAGUUAAACAGGCACUCCUUCCUCUCCCCUGGAUUCCUUCUCACAGUUUCCACGAGCAUACCUCCAAUAGUCUCCAGGGGGGCUCAAGAGGAUACUGAAGAAUAUUCAGCUGUUUCCUUAAUUUCAAGAAGAGAGUACUGGAGAUUGCUGAGCUCCUCAAUGUCUCCUAUUUCUCCUGCUAAGAUAAUUAUCUCUAAACAGGUAGCCUUCUUAAACUCAUCAACUCUGCACAGAUUCACUGCACAAGCCUCCAAUCCCAGUGAAUAUCAGAUUAUUACUGAAGCAUCUAGCAACUGGAGACUCACAAAUACCAAAUCACAAACUGCUGAUUCCUUAAGUGAAUUAAGCCAAACAUGUGCAACAUGUUCUAUGACUGAAAUAAAAUCCUCUCAUAAAUUCUCAGAUCAAGUUUUGCAUAGCAAACAGUCCCAUUUUUAUGAGACAUUUGGGAUGAACUCAGCGAUAUUAGCCAGCUGGUAUGCACUAAUGGGAACUCAAACUAUCACUUCUGGGCAUUCGUUUUCUUCUGCUACUGAAAUAACACCACCAGUGGCAUUCACAGAAUUGUCAUCUUUAUUUCUGUCUAAAAAGAAUACAAAAGGAAUAAUUUUAUCCUCAUCCUUGGAGGAAGCCAUUACCCUAUCAAGUAAUUUGGAUGUCGAUUUAUGUUUGGAUAAGACUGGUUUAUCCAUUGUCCCUUCACAAACUGAUUUUUUCGACCUGAUGCAUUCUGAUUUGACUUUAAAACUUACUACUGAUGAUCCAUUGCUAUCAAGAAGCAUUUUUAAAAUAUUGAAAAUAGGAAAAUAUGGUAUAACUAUGGGUCCCACUGAGGUACUAAAUCAAGAUAAUUUAUUGGGCAUGAAAAAGAGUAAAGAAUCUCAACAACAGCUCAAACUUCUCACAAGUGAUAGUUCUCUGAAUUUUGACUUAAACUUACAAAGUCACCCAGUAACUGUACAUUCAAAUGACCUCAAAAACAACCCUCCAUCAUACACAGCUUCGAUGUCUGACAUUUUAGGAGCAACCUCUAAUGUUGCAUUAUAUACCAUUUCACCAACUCAGUCAAUUCCAAUGCAGACCUCUUUCCCCAUGUCUGCAUUUAUGCCAAAUUGGACACAUUUUACAGAUUAUGUGAGUUUAACAUCUGAUUUAAAACAAGAGUUCAGAACUUCUUCAGAGUGGUCCCAGUGGCACCUUCAGCCUAGUGUGCAUGAUUGGGAAUCUGCCCCUGUGGUCCAGAGGCUUCCCUUCACUAGAUCUCUUACUUUGUCUUCACUGGAGUCCAUUCCAGUACCUCGUCAGCUGAUGAUUACUGAUUUCAGUUGUGUUUGUUAUUAUGGAGAUUCCUAUCUACAAUUUCAGAAUAUAUUUUUAAAUCCACAAAAUAACAUCUCCCUAGAAUUUCAUACCUUCAACUCCUAUGGACUCCUGCUCUAUAUCAAGCAAGACUCAAAUUUAGUAGAUGGAUAUUUUAUCCAAUUAUUUAUUGAAAAUGGUACUUUACAGUACUACUUUUCCUGUGCCGGUGAAGCAAAAUUAAGAAGCAUUAACACCACUAUUAAAGUGGAUGAUGGACAGAAAUACUCACUGUUUAUCAGGCAAGAAUUACACCCAUGUCAAGCUGAACUGAUUCUUCUAGGGACGACUAUCAAAGCAAGUGAACCUAUCAAUCAUGUAUCUAGAAAACCUCUGCCAGACUCCAGUUCUGUCUUUAUUGGUGGAUUUCCAGAUCUCCAUGGAAUGAAACAGAUUUCUGGACCAAUUGAGAAUUUCACUGGCUGCAUAGAAGUUGUAGAAGUCAAUAAUUGGAGGUCUUUCAUCCCAUCCAAGGCAGCAAAAAAAAUUAACGUGGAUAAUUGCAGAUCCCAGGAUUCUACUCUGCCUGCAGCGCCCUCCUUUGCUGCCCCUCCUGGUGGGAAAGAAGGGGUGGGCCCUGUGUGGACGCCCCGCCGCCCCGCCCCUGCAGCGCCAUCCGUGUGCCAGGAGGGUGUGUGCCGCAAUGGAGGCACUUGCCAUCCCAUCUUCCUCUCAGGGGGAGUGUUCUCAUUCCAGUGUGACUGUCCACUGCAUUUCACUAGCCGUUUCUGUGAACAAGAUGCAGGUUUAUUUUUUCCAUCUUUCAAUGGGAACUCCUAUUUAGAACUGCCUUUUUUUACAACCCUAAAUGGAUUGAAGUUUCUGCUGGAGAAGGAACAAAACAGAAUUGUUACCAUCUAUUUGACUGUAAAGACAAGUGCUUUGAAUGGAACCAUUCUCUACAGUAGUGAGAAGAAUUUUGGACAGCAGUUUCUUCAUUUAUUUCUUGUGGAAGGAAGGCCCACUCUUAAAUAUGGAUGUGGAAGUUCCCAAAAUAGCUUGACUCUUUCUGCUGAUUAUACCAUUAACACAAAUGCAUUCAUCCCCGUCACCAUACGCUUCACAAUGCCUGCUGACAGUCCUGGGGUUGCUUGUAUGAUAGAAAUGACUGCAGAUGGAAAACCUCCAAUACGGAAGAAAGACUUGAAAAUAUCCCAGGCCUCUCAGGUACAUUUUGAGUCAAUGUUCCUUGGCCAUGUUCCUGAAAAUGUUAAGACCCAUAAGAAGGCCGGCCCUAUUUAUGGGCUCAAGGGCUGCAUUGGAGAGCUUCAGGUAAAUCACAAAGAAUACUUCAUCAGUGAGGAAGCACUGCAUGGAAAGAACAUUGAGAACUGCCAUGCCCCUUGGUGUGCUCAUCAUCAAUGUCACAACAAUGGCACCUGCAUUAGUGACGGUGAAGACUGGUUUUGUGAGUGUCCAAGGCUGUACUCAGGCAAGCUGUGCCAGUUUGCAACUUGUGAAAACGACCCAUGCAGAAAUGGUGCCACCUGCGUUCCUAAAUCCAGGCCAGAUUUUGUCUGCCUCUGCCCGUAUGGGAGGUCUGGACUGCUCUGCGCUGACGCUAUUGAUAUUACUCAGCCCAGGUUCAGUGGCAUGGAUGCCUUUGGACACACCUCAUUCCUGGCUUAUUCACGGAUCCCAGACAUCAGCUUCGAUUAUGAAUUCCACUUAAAUUUUCAGCUAGCAAACAAUCACUCAGCGCUGCAAAAUAACUUGAUACUUUUCACUGGACAGAAGGGCCAUGGGCUGGAUGGCGACGACUUCCUGGCUGUAGGCCUGCGCAAUGGCAGCAUCGUGUACAGUUACAAUCUGGGAUCCGGCGUAGCAAGCAUCAGCAGCGAUCCUCUUGAUCUGAGCCUUGGGAUUCACACUGUCCAUCUGGGGAGGUUCUUGCAAAGGGGCUGGCUGAAGGUAGAUGAUCAUAAAAAUAAAUCCAUCAUCUCCCCAGGAAAAUUAGUUGGUCUCAAUGUCUUCAGUCAGUUUUACGUGGGUGGCUACAGUGAAUACACUCCAGAUCUCUUGCCACAUGGAGGAGAUUUUAAAAAUGGCUUUCAAGGUUGUAUUUUCUCUAUUCAAGUUCGCACUAAGAAGGAUGGCCAUUUCAGAAGGCUGGGAAACCCUGAGGGCCACCCAAGUGCUGGACGCAGCGUUGGCCAGUGUGACACUUCUCCUUGCAGUUUAAUGAACUGUGGCAAUGGCGGAACAUGCAGAGACAGUGGAUCCACUGUCUACUGUGACUGCCCCACUGGGUGGAAAGGAGCCUUCUGCACAGAGACAGUUUCCACCUGUGACCCUGAACAUGACCCUCCACACCAGUGCAGCAAAGGAGCAACUUGUGUUUCACUGCCUCGUGGAUACACCUGUUUCUGUCCUCUAGGAGCCACUGGAGCCUACUGUGAACAAGCUCUAUCUAUAAGUGAUCCAUCUUUCAGAAGCCAUGAAUUAUCCUGGAUGUCUUUUGCUUCCUUUCAUAUUCGAAAAAAGACACAUAUUCAAUUGCAGUUCCGGCCUUUUUCUACAGAUGGCAUCCUAUUUUAUGUUGCACAACACUUACAAGCACAAUCAGGUGAUUUUUUAUGUAUCUCUUUAGUAAAUGGUUCUGUUCAACUUCGCUAUAACCUUGGUGACAGAACUAUCAUUCUAGAAACUCUCCAAAAAGUAAACAUUAAUGGAAGCACUUGGCAUGUGAUAAAAGCAGGAAGAGUUGGUGCAGAAGGCUACCUGGAUCUGGAUGGGAUAAACAUAACAGAAAAAGCCAACAUUAAAAUGCGCUACCUGGACACCAACACUGACUUCUAUAUUGGAGGUGUGUCAUCCUUAAGUCUUGUAAAUCCCAUGGCAACAGCAAAUGAAGCUGUAGGUUUUCAAGGGUGUGUCCGAGAAGUUAUUAUAAAUAACCAAGAAUUACAAUUAACUGAAUUAGGAGCAAAAGGUGGCUCCAAUGUAGGCGAUUGUGAUGGGACAGCCUGUGGGUACGACGUGUGCAGAAAUAAGGGUGAAUGUGUAGUAAAUGGCACCACUUUCUUUUGCAGAUGUUUGCCACAUUGGACUGGGGACACAUGUGAUCUGUCUGUACACUGCGUGAAUAAUCUUUGUCUCCACCAAUCUCUAUGUAUACCUGACCAGUCGUUCUCUUAUAGUUGUUUGUGUGCUUUGGGUUGGGUGGGAAGGUAUUGUGAAAACAAAACUUCAUUUUCAACUGCAAAAUUUAUGGGUAAUUCUUACAUUAAGUACAUUGAUCCACACUAUAGAAUAAGAAACCUUCAGUUCACUAUUGUAUCCUUCAACUUCAGUACUACUGAAAGAGAAGGCUUAAUCGUAUGGAUAGGAAAGGCUCAAAAUGAAGAAAAUGAUUUUCUUGCAAUUGGUCUUCACAAUCAGACCUUGAAAAUAGCAGUUAACUUAGGAGAAAGUAUUUCUGUACCUAUGAUUUAUAGCCAUGGUACAUUCUGUUGUAACUCAUGGCACCAUAUCACUAUAAUUCAAAAUCAGACUCUUAUUAAGGCCUACCUAGAUGGCAAUCUCAUCCUCUCUGAGGAUAUUGAUCCACAAAAAAAAUUUGUUUCUCUAAACUAUGAUGGUAUUACUUAUCUAGGGGGCUUUGAAUAUGGUCGUAAGGUAAACAUUGUCACUCAAGAGUUUUUUAAAAAAAAUUUUGUUGGUAAAAUUAAAGAUGUGUUUUUUCAGGAUUCAAACAAAAUUGAGCUAAUUGAAUCAGAAGGGUACAAUGUUUAUACUGGAGAUGGAGAAAAUUAGGCUGACGAAGGAUCAUAUCAUUGGAAGUGUUCGGCAUGUUUGCAAUACAGAGGGUUCGUGGAAGCUUGUUGA